AUGCGAGCGCGAUCUGUGGGGAAUUGGGGGGAAGCGGCGGCUUGCGCGGGCGCGGAGGGGGACGGGCGGACGGCAGUGGUGCUGCUGGGAUGGCUCGGCGCGCAGCAGCGGCACAUGCGGCAGUAUGCCACGUGGUACAACGCGAGGGGUAUCGAUGCGAUCGGUUUCGUCAUCCCUUUCACCGACAUAUUCAGCGUCAGGCUCGGCGAAAAGGCGGAGCUGCAUGUCGACGAUCUGGUUACGGAGCUUGAGAGAUGGCUCCUCGAGGGUGCGAAUCGCGGCGCGACGCACGGCGCGAUUCACGGCGGGCUGGGAGGCGGCGGGCGUCGCUCGUUGCUGUUCCACACGUUCAGCAAUACUGGAUGGAUUGCGUACGGCGCGGCGCUGCUGCGACUGCAGCGCAAGUACGGGAAAGCGGCAGUGGAUGGGAUUAUAAAGGGGUGCGUCGUAGACUCCGCGCCUAUACUGGAAGAAGAUCCGAAGUCGUGGACUCCGCGCCUCUACUGGAAGAAGACCCCAAGCUCCUUCUUUCGUGAUUUAAACCACCCUCUCUCCCCUCCUUUCCCCCCCCCAAACCUCCCUAGUCAACGCCCCCACCACACACCCUCAUCCCUUUCCCGACCAGCUGCUCCCCCCAACCCCAAGGUGUCGGCGAGCGGUUUCUCAGCAGCCAUUCUGCAGAAGCGCAGUGUGGGCGAGCGGUUUUUCAGCGGCCAUUUUGCAGAACUGCAGUGCGCAACGCGCAUGGGCUCCCUGUCAGUAACUCCUCCUGACUCCUUAUUCCCCUCCUUUCACUGCCAUAUCUUCCCGCCAACCCCAAGGUGUGGGCGAGCGGUUUCUCAGCGGCCAUUCUGCAGAAGCGCAGUGCUGCAACGCGCAUGGGCUCGCUGGUCAUUGAAUCACCUUUUUGACCCCCCUACCUCCCCUCCCUUCCCCACCGUCUGUGGCCCCAACCCCAAGGUGUGGGCGAGUGGUUUCUCAGCGGCCAUUCUGCAGAAGCGUAGUGCUGCAACGUGUAUGGGCUCCCUUGUCAUUGACUCGGUGGUCGGCUGCUCCCAGCUCAAAUUCGCCCUGCUGCAAGCCAGCACCCUCCCCGCUCGCCCUAAGUUCCUUAGUCCCCUUUCCCUAUCCUCAGCGUUCACCAGUGUGACUGUAGCCCGGAGUGACUGCAGCAGCAGCUGUGAGAGCCUGUACCCGGGGCAGGGGCAGGGCUCGUGGCAAGUGGAAGGGCAAGGGCAGGGGGAAGAGCAAGGGGGACUGGAUGGUGGGGAGGGGUUGUUUCCUUCGCCUGCUCCCUGCGGGUGUGAGCUGGUUUGGUGGCGGGCUGACGAGGCUGAGAGAUUAAAGACGUGUGGGAGCAAGGCAAGGGGAAGUAAGGCGUCUGCAGGUGCCGCUGCGGCUGCUGUGGCGGCAGUGGCAGGCAGUUUGGGGGAUAGAGGCAUGCGAGAAGUGAUCGGCUGUGGUGCUGGUCCUGGUAAUGGCUGUAGUAACGGGUGUGCUUCAAGAGGGGUGUCUCAGCAGGAUCAGCAGCAGUGGUUGCUACAGCAGCAGCUGAUAGCUGUGUACAGAAUGCAAGCAGAGAAGCAGGAGAGAAAGCUGGUACUGGGAAAAGAGCUGAGAAAAGAGCAGGAGCAGGGGAGCGGCCUUCACUUGCAGCAACAGCAGCAGCCACGGCAGCAGCGGUGGUGGCAACGAGGAGGGGGGAGAGGCAGGGCGGGCGGGGCCGCGAGCAGCAUGGUGCAGGCGUGUGGGCGGGCGGUGGGGGCGUGUGGGCGCGUGGCAGUGGCGGUGGUGAGGGUGGUGAAGGUGCGGCUGGAUGCGCUAGAGAGUGUGCUGGUGACGGCGCUCUGGCUCAUCUUCCAAGUGGCUCUGCGCAUCCCCUACGUCAAAGGGAAGCUUGGUGAGGUGACUAACACUCUGCACCACCACCAGCCCAACUGCCCGCAGCUCUACUUCUACAUGAACGCAUUCUCAGGUCUCCAGCGAGGCCCGCUCUCUUGUUUUGCCCAAUUCUCGUGCAGUCAGGCUUGGGCUUGUGAGGGCGGGGAAGCUACCACGAUGGCUGCUGCAGAUAAUGGAGGAAGCAAUGAAUUGUUGCCUCGCCAGGGGAACACGGAGUCUGAGUCAUUCACGGUGUCGGCAUCCCUACCAGAACCCGAGAUAGUCAAUGGACCCCCUGUAGUGCACAUGCCUGUGCGGAAACCAGAGAGCUUGUCAGUUGGAUUUGCAGUUCCAGAGGAGGAGAAGCAGGGGGCUGCCAUGUGGCAGGGUAUACUCGAUGAUCAGUUUACCCAACUUCAGCAAUUGCAAGACGAGAGCAAUCCGGAGUUCGUCGGAGAGGUCAUCGGCCUGUUUUUUGAAGACUCCGUAAAGCUGCUUGACGACCUCACUCAAGAAGUCAACGAAGAUCCAAUUGACUUCAAGAAAGUGGAUGCACAUGUUCACCAGUUCAAGGGUAGUAGUUCGAGCAUUGGGGCACAACGAGUGAAGGCUUUAUGCAUCAAGAUGAGAGGGUAUUGCGACGAAGGAAACCGCGCGAAGUGCUUGAGCUCUCUAGACAAGAUUAAGGACGAAUUCAAUCUUGUGAAGGAUAAGCUGGAGCUCAUGAUGUCGCUGGAACGCAAGAUUUUGGCUAAAGGAGGGAAAUUGCCGUCAAUGGAGUAUUGA